UCCCACAGUCACAGCACUGAGAACUCCGCGCCGCCGGCAGCCCGCGGGAGCCAUGGCGCCGGCUAGGGCGCGCCUCCUAGCCUGCCUGCCGGCUCUCACGAUGAUGGCCGCCGCCGUCUCCUGGGUGGCUGCCGGUGGCGGUCGCAUCACGGACCAGGUCGACAUACUCUGGGGCCCGACGCAGCUGAUCAACGGCAGCGACGGCGACCAGACCAUCGGGCUGUCGCUGGACCGCGUCAUGGGGUCGGGGUUCCGCUCCAAGAGCUCCUAUCUCUUUGCCAGGAUAGACAUCGACAUCAAGCUCGUCGCCGGGAACUCCGCCGGCACCGUCACGACGGUUUACCUGAUUUCUGAAGGGCAGUGGAAGAUCCAUGACGAGAUCGACCUGGAGUUCCUGGGCAACGUCACCGGCGAGCCGUACACCCUGCACACCAACAUCUUCGCCAACGGCUCCGGCGGCAGGGAGGUGCAGUACCGGCUCUGGUUCGACCCCACUCAAGACUUCCACACCUACUCCAUCAUCUGGAACUCAGAACAGAUCCUGAUCCUGGUGGACAACAUGGCGAUCCGGCAGUUCAAGAACCACUGGGACGCCGGCGUGCCGUUCCCAGUGUACCAGCCGAUGAGGCUGAACGGCGUGCUCUGGGACGCCGACGACUGGGCGACGCAGGGUGGGCGCGUCAAGACGGACUGGUCGCAGGCGCCCUUCACCGCCUACUUCCGGAACUACCGCGCCAGCGGCUGCCAGCCGAGCGGGGUGGCGUGGGAGUGCGGCCAGGACCCAUCCGGCGGCGACUGGUUCGACGGCGGCGCGGCGGGGCUGGACGACGUGAGGCAGCAGCAGCAGCUGAGGGAGGCGCAGGAAAGGUACACGAUAUACGACUACUGCACCGACUCCGCGAGGUUCCCCGAUGGCGGCUUCCCCAAGGAGUGUGGGUUGCCGUAGGGUACAUCCAGUGUUGGUGUGAUUGUUUCAUUCUUUUUUUUAUUGGUUUCCUUCUAGAGGAACGAGAAUUAGAAAGGAAAUGUGCAACCAUUUCUAGACUAUUGGUAAUGAUUGGUCGAGAAAAGACUAUUGAUCA